UUUGAAAUCGAAACAAAGGCCCACAUUUCAGAUUGUGAGCAACGGACGUGGUAUAUAAACUCUCGAUGCGCGGUGAGACGUUAAUAUCAGUUUCAACCAUGAAAUCGUUGGCAGUUAUUCUUGUAUUAGUUGGAAACGUUUUCGGUGGCAUCGCCCAUCGAGAAUCUGAACGCCUUCAGUCAAUGAAUUCUGGUCGUGUUGUGGGAGGCGGUCCGGUGACGAUUGAAAGUCGUCCUUUUGCUGCCAGUGUUCAACACCAGGGCGUUCAUCGUUGUGGUGGAACCAUAUUAAAUGACGAUUGCAUUUUAACAGCCGCACAAUGUACAGUAAAUAUACCGGAUGCAGUGCUCAGUGUUCGUGUCGGUUCAGCAGCAAGCCAAUCAGGCGGCCAAUUGUUCCAAGUCGAUUACGUGGACAAUCAUCCUAAUUUUAAUCCAAUUACCAACGCCAACGAUCUAGCGGUUAUACAUGUAAUCGGUCAUAUACAUUUCGGUGCUGCCAUUCAACCAAUUGCCAUGCCAGCUCAAGGUGCCGGAACACCAGCAGGUGCAAUUGCAGCAGUAAGUGGAUGGGGUUCAAUUUCGGAAGGUGGUGCGUUUUCACCAACGUUGCAAUCGGCAAACGUUCCAGUCAUUACUAACGGAGUGUGCAAUCAGUUGUUUGGCGGUGGAAUUGUGGAUGGAAUGAUAUGUGCUGGAUUUGUCGAAGGAGGAGCAGGAGCAUGCAAUGGCGAUAAUGGUAGUCCGUUGACUUUUGGAAAUCAAGUAAUUGGCAUUGUUUCGCGUGUAGAAGGAUGUGGUAGACCGAAUGCGCCUACCGUUUAUACUCGGGUCGCAUAUUACAGACAUUGGAUAGACGAGCACAGUUAUCAUCAUUAGUUAAAUAAGUUAAAAUUAUUUAAAUCAAACUAUGAAAUAAAGGAAAUCUUUAACAGAAAAAAAUGAUUUUUUGGAAAGAGGUUCUUCCUCUGUUGUAAACUGCUGAGCUCAUCAGUUUCUUCCUUCAACUGCCGUGUUAAGCCACAAAACC